AUGUGCAUAUGGUUUACACGGCGCCGCAGAAGUAGGCGGAUCGCAUUUCCGACGCCUUUUGAGCUCGUUUCUGUGCGUAUUGUUUGGCCCGACUCCUUUCUUUGCACGUUCAUUCUUGAGAAGUUCAGAACUCUGAGGUGGCCGACUUCCUGGACACAACGAUGACUCCAAAACGUCGUGUUUCUCCUAGCUCUGAAUGCUCUCCGGGCUGGAUGAAGUGCAUCACCAUUUGCUUCGCUUCUAUGACACUUGUGAGUCUCUUCUUAUUUUUUUAAUUCGGUUUUUUUUAAACAGAUUUUUACAUUUGGACGCUGUUUGAAUCAUUUUUCGAGAAACUUUUCUAAGACUCAAACUUUCUAUUUUAUCUGUGAAAGAAAUUAUUGUGAUCAGGCCCUAUUUUAUUUUCAUUUUUCUUCGCUUUGAAAAAUGUUUAAAGGAAUAGUGAAGGCUAAGUCAGAUUGUUUCAGUUAGAACUUAAAAUUCAAAAUUUGUUUAGCCAAAGAUAAAACUUACAACAUUUCACAGCUGAUAGGGAGUUUUAUUUAGAAACAGAUUUUCGCUACACUUUCCAUAAAAAUAUUCCUUGGAAUCAUAUUCUUGAUAUUUCAGUCUAAAGAUACGAAGCCCCUUCAUUGUCACUUUGCAGAUAAGCGGAGUGCUUCUGGUCCUUCUGAGUAUUUUUCUCUUCCUGGAGAAGACAAAGUUCAUGCCGUUGCUCCACAGUCAACAGUUCCUCUACUGCGUUUACAUGGCCGGAGGUUGUGGCGCCCUCGUUCUCAUGGGCGGUUUUCUGCCCUGUUGCGCCAUCCACAACCGUUGCGUUAUGAGCUUCGUGAGUUUUUUUUUCUUUUUUUUGGAGCGCUCGCAAGAAAUGUUUGCACUGGAUUCAGACCAUUUUUCUUUCUUAGUAUCAUAGAAUUUUUUAAACGAACUGCGUACGAAUUAAGUUUUGGUAAAAUAAAGAUAAUAAGUAUCAGUUGCGGACGAAUCACAUACAACCAUCACUUAUAUCAUUAUAUGAGUCAUCAUAAGCUUUGAAGUCCCAAAAAACGGUGGACAAAGGGAGAGGAAGCAAAAAUGGGGCAUAAGAGGUGAUGAAAUGGCUCAAAAAGACAGCAAAAAGGAUUUGUCACUAAAAAAAAGAACAUUUCUGUGUAAUUUUUUUUCACCCUUUCCAAUUUUACCUCUAUGCCGUUCAAAUGGACGGCGAACAAAAAAUUUGAAACAAAAAUUUUUCCUAAUUUUUACUCUGCUUUACUGCUGUUAUAAUCUUUCAAAGAAUGAAGUUUUUUUCAAAACGCAAUUUUUAUUCCAGUACGUAUUUCUACUGACACUGUCCAUAGUUGCCGAGAUUUUUCUGUGCUUCUCUGCUUUGGGGUAUGUCGCUGCAUCAAAGGAAGAAGUGAACAAAACACUCUUGUACGAUAUUCAAGUCAACUACAAACGCGAUCCGAUCAUCAAGCAUACCAUCGAUCGAAUGCAACAGGCGGUGAGUAAUUUUGAAACUUAUAUUCGAAGGCGGCCCGUGGAGACGUUGUAGUGAAAUAGUAACAAGAAACUAGACUAUCUACAAUAACAAAAAAUGGUUUCUGAGGUGGAGUUUUGAGUUUUGAUGGAACAUUCCCCAGUUUGAAGGCCCGUCCCAAAAGCAAUAGAAUCAUUUGGAACCUUCUAGAAAGGUAUAAAACAAUUAAGAAGAUUGUGGAACUUUCUAGAAGGGAAACCUUCACCCAUGAUCCCUAUGAAACUCAGAGACUAAACAUAUUCAGAAUAAGCUUAACAUAAAAGUCCAGCUCCAACACGCAUAAUAAGAGCAAGAAAGAGCACCUUCCAAUAAUUUCUUUGCAGGGAAAAUGCUGUGGAGCCCACGCCUUUAACGAUUACCCAAAGAACAAUACAGAAGAAUAUGAGGGCCGUGGUUAUUACUACCAAGAAAUGCGGCUCAAGAAGGUCCAGUACGUGCCGGACUCUUGUUGCUACACUUACGCCAAAGGAUGUGCCUUGAGUGACGGACCAAGCAACAUUCGAUACCAGGUUGGUUUAAAUGAAAAAUGUUGAAUUUUCGUCGCUCCAAACUCGAAAAUUUAAAAUUUUGGUGCUUUAUUGCUUUUAAAGCUAUACUGAGAAAUAAUUUGCUUGCAAAGAAAUAUAAAUUUGAUUUCAAAAAAAUUCAUUCUUCACAUUUUUAUGGGACAAAUCAGGAGUUUUUCUGAACUUCUGAAUACAAGAAAUAGAUUUUUAGUCACCGAGUUACCUUUUAUUGAAAGUUUGCUGAACUCUCGGACCUCUUGAUCCCAGAGCAGAAAUGAAAUUUUCUAAAAUAGAUAUGGUUUUCGAGUUAUGAAGCUUCAAUUUUUUGUAAAACGCGCAAAUACAGUACUGGCCAUAAAGGUAUUUCAAAGUGGUUUUUCGAGCAUAACUUCUCUGAAAGUGGCUCAAAUGACUUGAAGCUUUGCACAGAUUUCAAACAGCUAUGAAAGAACUUAAUUCCAAAACUAAAAUCGGUUUGCUCGAGUAAGACCUUGUUUAUGAGCGAAAACCGAAAAUGGUGACAAAGAAAAUGUAUCUUUUGAGAUGCGAAAAAACCUAUUUUCAAAGAAGCGUUGAUUUUAAUCAAAAACUAUUUUUCCCUAUAAAACAAGUCUUCGCCUUUCUAAAAAACCUAAUCAGCUUCCUACCAACCCGAUAGUAAGAGCGCAGUGACUUUUUCUUUAAAAAGGUCAAUCAGGAGAAUUUUUUUUUACUUUCAUAAAAUCAGGAGUUCCCAAAGGACACUUCAAAAAGGUAAUUUUUCUAUAAUUUGACAGGGCUGCCAGGACUAUCUGCUUCUUCACGUUCGCGAAUGCAUGCACUUCAUCACGAUCUGCGCCGUGACUUCCAUUAUCCUGGCCAUCAUCACCAUCAUCUGCUGCUUUGUCGUCUGCGGUCUUCCGCGGAAAAACGAAACUCCUCCUUCGAAAUAUCACGAUCAAGAGUUGUACCUUUUUGGGUAG